CCAUUGGCGAAACCUGCACACGAGAAGCUUUUGCCGGAUUGGUCACAGCUUCCCAAUGUUCCUCAGGAUAUUCCCGUUCCCCACACACUUGUUCUCGACUUGGAAAAUACACUUGUUUCCUCCACUUGGGAUCGUCGCUACGGCUGGCGGCACGCGAAACGCCCCGGUGUCGACAAAUUUCUACGCGAACUGGCACAGUAUUAUGAAAUUGUUCUGUACAGCCCUAGUAUUGAUGGUAUUGCGGACCCUGUCGUCACCUCCUUGGAUAAGGAUGGGUGUAUUAUGCACAGACUGUAUCGCGAGGCGACCUACUACACCGGUGGCGUGCAUGUGAAGGAUUUGAAUCGUUUGAACCGUCCCCUGAAUCGUAUGGUUGUGAUUGACGAUGAUCCCUCGGAGGUCCAAUUCAACCCUGAAAACUUGAUUCGCGUCAAGCCGUACGCGGACCCGACGGAUCGCACGGACAACACUUUAGAACGAAUCCUCCCAUUUUUGGUAGAGAUUGCUCGUGAAGGAUACAAUGACGUCCCGGGGCUGUUGCGACAAUACGAAGGCAUGGAUGCCGAUCAAAUUGCCGAUGAGCAGGACCGCCGCAUCCACGAACUACGCACUCACCGUGAACGCCGCUCGCAACAGGGAUUAGGAGCUUUGGCUCGUGGA